UUUAAAAGCAGAAGAGACGAAGCUCCUCCCCAGUAGCACCCCCAUCGCCCACGCUCUUUGUUACUAGUGCACAAGCAUCUCGAACAAUUCUAGGCAUUAUCAUUCACACAAAAUCUCGCCAUCUUCUCAUUGCUCCGACGGCUUUGCGAUUUGUCCUUGGCUCCGUGGAAGCUUCACGGAAUCCAAGGCACGCUCUGCCUGCAAGGUUUGAUUACUAUGGUAUGCUUCGCGCGCCGUGGAUCCGGUGAGAUCUUGAACUGAAAAUCGAUGGCAAUCUGAUAGUAGGCAGGAAAUCUGGAAAGGGAGAGAUAGAGAGAGAGAGUAAGUGAGAGGUAAAAUGGAGAGGUUCUGACGAUGCUUGGCUCGGUUUUACCGACUCGAAGGUGAAGUUCUGACGGUUCUUGCCUCGGCAUGACUUUUUGGUUGAGGAAGUGAACGUUUUCCGAUGAACUUGAGUUUUGUGUGAUGUUUUCUUCUGUUUCGUGGAGGAAUUUAAAUUUUAGUCAGCGAAGUUUGGGGACUGGUGAAAGUUUUGGCGACACUCCGAAUCGGUGGAAUUCAAUGAAGCGAAGAGUUAAUCCGCAGAAAUUUCAGCACAGAUGGAAGAGAAAGCUUUUUCUUCUGCUUUUGAUGGGCUUUUGCUGUGCUAGUUUAGUGUUACUGGAGACGGAGCACACUCGAAUCAGAAUGUUUGCGCUAUUAUCUCCUCCGUUAGUUCAAAAGCCUAAAAUUGCGUUUCUAUUUAUAGCUCGGAAUAGGCUUCCCCUAGACAUGGUUUGGGAUGCAUUCUUUCAGGGAGAUAGAGAGAAUAAAUUUUCAGUUUUUGUGCACUCUAGGCCUGGGUUCCUCUUGAACAAGGCAACUACAAGAUCAGCCUAUUUCUUAGAUCGUCAAGUUAAUGACAGCAUCCAGGUAGAUUGGGGAGGGGCAACCAUGAUUCUGGCAGAACGUAUUUUGCUGAAGCAUGCACUCUUGGAUCCUUUCAAUGAAAGAUUUGUUUUUCUUUCAGAUAGCUGCAUGCCCUUGUAUAACUUCAGCUAUACAUAUGACUAUAUAACGUCAACAUCAACUAGUUUUGUUGAUAGUUUUGCUGAUACAAAAGAGGGUCGCUAUAAUCCAAAAAUGCAUCCAGUGAUUCCUGUCCAGAACUGGAGGAAAGGAUCCCAGUGGGCUGUUCUCACCAGAAAACAUGCAGAGAUUGUAAUAAAAGAUGAGACUGUCUUUCCAAUGUUUCAAUUGCAUUGCAAGAGGAAGUCAUUACCAGAGUUUUGGCGGCAUCAUCCCCUUCCUGCUGAUCCAUCAAAGGAGCAUAACUGUAUUCCAGAUGAACAUUAUGUUCAGACAUUACUAGCUCAAGAAGGACUUGAAGGGGAGAUCACACGAAGAACGCUGACCCAUACAUCAUGGGAUCUUUCAUCAUCCAAACGCCGUGAGCGGCAGGGAUGGCAUCCUGUAACAUAUAAAUUAGCAGAUGCUACUCCCAGUCUGGUUCAAUCCAUUAAGGACAUAGAUAAUAUCUAUUAUGAGACUGAAUACCGAAGAGAAUGGUGCACCAACAAGGGAGAACCUUCUUCGUGCUUCCUUUUUGCCAGAAAAUUUACUAGGCCUGCUGCUCUACGGCUUCUUAAUUUGUCUGCAUUAGGAGCUCUGUGAUGAAGCACAACUAAAUACUCCACAACCAAUUAUCUAUCUGUCAGUGAAAUUUAUUUCAGCUCGAAGGAUUAGCGUUAUCACACAUGGAAAGUCUGCGCGGUUUGUUAUCAAAAAUAUUGGAACUGUUCCAUAAGAUUUAGCAACAAUCGAGCUCCUGCUCUGCACUCUGCAGCCGACUAUCUGGAUCUACUCUUGGAAGUGGCUGAUCUGAUGAUGAGUCAACGCAGAGUUUCUGUAGACCUUCAACUAGGCUUGCAAUUUCCCACCAUUUGAUAUGUUCAUUUAUAUCUAUAAUAAUUUGAAUAAGGUGUCAUUAUAUUACACUCCAUUCCCCAAUCCAUACUAGUAACUGAAAUGGGGGCGGGGUGAUGCUGCAUACCUCUUGCGCACCAAACCAACAUAUUAGUUUCAACUUAUAAAGAAAAAAGUGGCACAGUUGUAAUUGUUAGAAACCCUUGGCAGAUUUUGGUCUUGCGGGAAGAUUAUGGUGUAAUUAUUCGAUUCAUCAAAACCUAAGCUGCACUCGAUCGGUUGACAUGCUAAUAAGAGGUUAUAUUGACUC